AUGAAUCACUCAAAUGAUUCUGUUCUUAGGACAGAAGAAAAUCAGACUGCUGGAGUCACCUUCAUCCUCCUGGGCUUCUCAGAAUACCCAGACCUCCAGGUGCCCCUGUUCCUCGUGUUCCUGACCAUCUACACAGUCACUGUCCUGGGGAACCUGGGCAUGAUUUUGAUCAUCAGGAUCAACCCCAAACUCCACACCCCCAUGUACUUCUUCCUUAGCCACUUGUCCUUGGUGGAUUUCUGUUACUCCACAGUAGUUACACCCAAACUGUUAGAAAACUUGGUUGUGGAAGACAGAACCAUCUCCUUCACAGGAUGCAUCCUGCAGUUCUUCUUUGCAUGCAUAUUUGUGGUGACAGAAACGUUCAUGUUGGCAGCGAUGGCUUACGACCGCUUUGUGGCAGUUUGUAAUCCUCUGCUGUACACGGUUGUGAUGUCUCAGAAGCUCUGUUCCUUGUUGGUGGCUGCAUCGUACUCUUGGGGUAUAAUCUGCUCCUUAAUAUUCAUAUAUUUUCUGUUGACCUUAUCUUUCUGUGGGACUAAAUUCAUUAACAACUUCAUCUGUGAGCACGCUGCCAUUGUUGCUGUGUCCUGCUCUGACCCCUUCGUUAGCCGUGAGAGCAUUUUUGUUGCUGCAAUAUUUAAUGAAAUAAGCAGCCUGCUGAUCAUUUUUACUUCUUAUGUUUUCAUUUUUGUCACUGUCAUGAGAAUGCCGUCUGCACGGGGGCGCUACAAAGCCUUUUCCACAUGUGCUUCCCAUCUAACUGCCAUUAUUAUUUUCCACUGUCCCAUCCUUUUCCUCUACUGUGUUCCAACCUCCAAAAGUUCCUGGCUUCUGGUUAAAGUCGCCUCUGUCUUUUACACAGUGGUCAUACCCAUGCUUAACCCACUGAUUUACAGCCUGAGGAACAAAGAUGUGAAGGAGACAGUGAAGAAGUUAAUCAAUACCAAAUUAUUGUGA